CAAAACAAACUCAUUGACUGGACUAGACGGUAUGGGUUACAAUUCUUGCGUUUAUAAUCUUGAUAAAGACUUCAAAAAUCAGAGGGAAUACGUACAUAUAUAGAGAAAAACACAGUAUAAAUAUAUAGAACGAAUUAAGGAGGACAAGUUUGUUUGUGGACGAAGCAGAUCCGAUACUGUGGAAAAUUGUUGAGAUAUGCUUCGAAUUUACGAGAAUGGUUCUUGUGGCCUUGAAAACUUUUGAAUUAAAUAUAUCAUAUAAUAAAACAUACUCUUCUGAAUCUAAUUCAUGAGGGCGAUUUGAUUGAAGAACAGGCAGCAAAAGAGGUUAGCAUGUCUGAUGACGAGGCUGAGGGCGUGGAGCGACAGGUGAAGCUCGCUGUGGUCGGGGCUCCGAAUGUCGGCAAAACUGCCAUUGUAACGCGGUAUAUCCACGACACAUUCUCCAAGUCAUACCAGGCUUCAGUUGGUGUUGAAUUCUACCUGAAGCGUCUCGUCCUGGGAGCGGAGAAGAAUGUCAACAUGCAAAUAUCAGACGUGGCGGGCGUGGCCCUCAACGGCAAGAUGACGGACAAGUACCUGUACGGCACCCAUGCGGCAACUUUACUCUAUGAUUUUUAUUUACUGGACGUACUGCAGGACUGGGUCGUGGUCGUCAGGAAGGCUGCACGUCAUCAUGACCGUCCACCUCUCAUGGCCCUCGUCGCCAACAAGGCAGACCUUGAACACAUCAGACAGGUCAAGAGCGAGAGACAUCACAGGUUCGCAGCCGACCACAACAUGCUUUCACGCAUCGUUACGCAGGUUGCAGCAGAGUUGCUGGGCGUGCGGUUAACGAAGGCCGAGCAGGAGCAGCAGCAGCCUGUGGUGAAGGCCGACAUUAUCACCUACGCUGAGCCUUCACACAGCAGCGCUCUGCCUUCAACUGCAUCAUCGUCCACUGUGUGCUGUGUUAUGUGAAGAUUUCCAGAUGAUUUGUUAAAAAAUCUUAAUAGUUUACGUUAAGAAAAUGUUGAUCCGUUUUACAUCGUUUAAAAACAUCGUAUCGCAUGGUAUGUGAAGAUUUCCUGGUGAUUUAUUCGAAAAUCUUAAUAGUUUACGUUGAGAAAAUGUUGAUCCGGUUUAUAUCGUUUAAAAACAUCAUAUCGCAUUUCAGCGGCCUAAGUUUCCUUGAUCGAAAUUUGAAUUUGAUUAAUAGAAUAAUUCAUAUGUUGAAUGACUAUACUGGAAGUAGUAGUAAUAGCAUAGUAACUAGAAUACUAAAAUAGUGAAGGUGACAAUAAU